CACACACCAUAUUUAUUUCAAAGUUAAUUUUCUCUCUCUUCACCAAAGAAAUCUAGAAAACUCUCUCAUUCUCAAACAAGCCCUAGCCGCCGCCGCCUCCUCCCUCCUUCAGUGUGUCUCCGGCGGUCGUUACAUUGCUCCACCAUCUUCAUCCUCUCCUUUUCAUCUGUAAUUAUACUCUAUCAAAUUUAUUUCAACUCAAAGAUGAUUUUAAAUUUCCCUACGACCAUCUUUUCGGCUAGAUCUUGACAUCCACGCACAAGCUUUUGAAAAUCCAUCACCAUAAAAAGAGUCCCCUCCAUCUUCUCUACAAAACCCAUUUAAAAAAAAAUCAGGAACGGACAACCUUCGCCGGUGACCACCACGCCGGAGCUUGCAACCACCGCGCCGGGAAAGAGCUUACGUGUUUUCCAGAUCUGGGUCAGAAUUUUUACACAAACACUUAAACCUGGGCUGUUGUCUUCAUCAAGUUUGUUUCAUCACUGCGAAUUGUUAAAUUUCGCGAUCUGAAUAAACCCUUCUUCCUUCUUCAGCGAUUCAAUUCAAUGGAUAAAGGAAAGGGUGUGAUGGGUUCUUCAGGACGAAGAUGGGCCGUUGAUUUCUCCGAUAACUCAACUUCUCGCGAUUUCAUCGAUCCUCCCGGUUUCUCACGCGCUUCCCUCGAUCAAGACGAUUCUACCCUUAGUCGCCAAAAGAAAGAUGCUGAAUCCAAUUGGAAAUCUCAGAAAGCUUGGGAAGUUGCACAAGCACCAUUUAAGAACUUGUUAAUGAUGGGGUUUAUGAUGUGGAUGGCUGGUAACACUGUUCACUUGUUUAGUAUUGGUAUUACCUUCUCAGCUCUUUGGCAACCCAUAAGUGCCUUACAGAGUGUUGGAAAAAUGUUUGAACCUUACAAAGAUGCUAAAGUGGAGCUUCUUGGGCCUAAGUUGGUAUUCAUUGCCCUUAAUUUGGGAGGCAUGUUACUAGGUGUUUGGAAGCUCAAUUCAUUGGGACUGCUUCCUACCCACACAUCAGACUGGGUGUCAUCCUUAGCACCUGCUCAGGAGGUGGAGUACUCAGGUGGGGGUCUAAAUUUCCGUUGAUGCUCCAGUUCUUACGUUUUUUUGUCUUCUCUUGGAGUAAUUUAAGGAGUUGGUACUGUUAGCAUGUUGUAAUGGUCACACAGGAUCUCAUUCGGCCUGAUUUGUUUCUUAUUUAUGAUUAAUGUUACCAAUACUUGCAGUCACCAAAGAUUAGACAUGGUUUGUAGUAGACUGGGUGAUCUGAAUAGUUAAUAACAACAUUUCUCUUUUUAUGUAGGAUUUGAAUAUUUGCACAUUUAUAAAUCUAUAUCUUUCUUUUACUGCAAGCCUGAUGUAAAAGGAAAUAGCAUACUAGAAAUGUUAGGGGAGGAGAAUUUUUUUAGCAGUGGGGAUCGAACCCGAAUUCUUCCUAAUGUUCUUUCAGACUCCUUUCUUUUAAAUGUCUAUGUUGAUUCACCUGUAA